AUGCGAUGGCUGGACCCUGCCCGGUGGAAGACCAGUCCAUACUAUGCACUAGUAAUCUUCGUGAUCGCGUGUGGUAGUAUUCCCAAAGGUUAUGAUGAGGGCGGGUACAGCGCCAGUGUGAAGUUGCCGUCGUUCAUGGUCGACUUUAAUCUUCUUGAAGCCAACUGGAAGAACGACCCCACGGGAUUAACCAAUCGCAAGGCCAACAUCACUUCCUUUAAUGUGCUAGGUGCAGCAUUUGGUGCCCUAGCAGGUUUGGAUCUGAAUGAUCGCCUGGGACGCUUGGUGUCUUGGCGAUUGGCCUGUUUGGUGUGGGCGAUCGGAACAUUCAUACAGAUUUUUUCUUCGGGGGUGUAUGGCCUGCUGCUAUUCGCCCGCAUUUUCGCCGGCCUAGGCGCCGGCUUGCUGACGGUCACAUCGCCCCUGUACCUGUCCGAGAUCGCGCCCAAGGCGACGCGAGGCCUCGCAGUAGGAAUGUACAUGGUCAUUCUGCUCGCCGUGCUGGCGAUGGGCUUCUUUAUCAACUAUGGCGCCAGCAUCCACAUGGCCGCCACGCGAACCCAAUAUCGACUAGUUCAAGCCAUUCCUCUAAUCCCUGUCGGUAUCGCCUUCGGUCUUUCCUUCCUCUGUCCCGAAACCCCCGGCAAAGAAAUUGGCGAUGAGAGCAUCAAGGCCGAGUUUGAGGAAAUCGACCAACAGGCGCGGGAGCGAGCAGCCUUGAAGUCUAUCUCGCAUUGGGGGGCCUUCAAGGAGUCGCAAUCGAAUUCCAACUAUCGCCAGCGCUUCUGGUUGCUGAUGACCAUGCAAACAAUCGCGCAAUGGACCGGCGGGAAUGGCAUCACCUAUUAUGUGACUAAUAUCUUCAACUAUGCCGGCGUGACCGGUUCCUCACAAUCACUGAUCUCAUCGGGCGCCUAUGGAAUUGUGAAGCUGGUCUUCACAAUGGCCUUUACUUGGGGCCUGAUUGACCUCUUUGGUCGGCGGCGUUGCGCCCUCACUGGCCUUGCCCUACAAUUGGCAGCGCAUAUCUACAUGGCCAUAUAUAUGGGCCUGCAACCCGGCUCCAAGGGAAACAACUCAGCCUCCGAUGCAGCUAUUGCCUCAGUCUUCGUGUAUGCCGUCGGCUGGUCCGUUGGUCUCUGCACAAUUCCCUAUCUCUAUGGCACAGAGAUCUUCCCAACACGGAUUCGUAACGUGAGCUAUGCCAUUAGCAUGGGCUUACACUGGUUUUUCCAGUUUGCUGUUGUGCGAGUGACGCCUAAUAUGUUCGCGUCCCUCAAUAUCUGGGGCGCGUACCUCUUCUGGGCCAUCAUCUGUGCCCUGGGUCUUAUCAUCCUGGGUGUCUGGAUGCCUGAGACUGCCGGCGUGCCGAUCGAGCGUAUGGAUGAGUUGUUCGAUGGCCCAUGGUACCUACGUUGGCGCGCACGGCCCAAAUAUACCGAUGAUUCUUCGGAGUCUGCAGAAAACAUUACAUCUCAUGGCCAGGAACAUAGGGUCUCGCCCAAGACCGACUGA